AUGGACGAAAAGGGAAUGAAGCGGCCUUUGUGGCAGCCACAAGACCCAGACACAGCUAAUGCUACUGUAUUCAUGUCAUUUGUCAACCAUCGACAUCAUCUGCAUCUAACAUCGUACGAAGACCUUUACCAGUGGUCCAUAGGUCCUUCAUCUGAGGAGUUUUGGAGGGCUGCAUAUGACUGGUUGGAGCUCGCUCCCCCCGGGACAGCAAAAACCCAUCACAAGUUGCAGCCUCAGACGCAGAAAAAGUCGACCCCAGAUCUGUUUCCACCCCCGAAUUUCUUCCCCGACCAGAGACUUAAUAUCGCCGAGCAUCUGCUACGAAAGGGCAAGCCAAACGACGUGGCCAUAUAUUUUGCCCGGGAGGGCGUUCCAGGCGUGGAGAAGGUGACAUGGGAAAGACUCAGGAGAGAAACGAGGAACGUUCGCGAUGCUAUGAUAAGCACCGGGGUCAACAGUGGUGACACGGUUGCAGCUAUCGUAUCUAACUCUGUCUACUCAGUCGUCUUGGCGCUGGCUUGCCUGUCCAUCGGAGCAGUCUGGUCCUCAGCAUCCCCCGACCUCGGUGCAAACGCAAUUCUGGACCGUUUCAGCCAAGUCAACCCUAAGAUCAUCUUCACUGAUGAUGGCUACGUUUACGCCGGCAAAACUGUUGAUAUCCAGCUGAAAACUGUCGAAUGGGCUCGUGAACUGGGAAAGAAGGCACCAGCAAUGAUGAACGUUGUCGUCCUCCCUUACCUGAGUACCAACCCCGAUCUUUCAGUAAUCUACCGAGGGAUCCAUUACGAUACCUUUCUUCAAAGAGGCAUAGGCAGGAAACUUGAGUUUGAGAUGUUUCCAUUCUCUCAUCCCGCCUUUAUUCUGUAUUCUUCUGGAACGGGUGUAUUACUCAAAGUUAAAACUGACACAAUCAUCCAACACGACGCCCGGGAUUCAGAUAUCAUGUUCCAAUAUACGACCACGUCGUGGGUCAUGUGGGUGUUGAACUUUGUCAACAUCAGUGCUGCCCGCUCUAUACUACUAUACGACGGUUCACCAUUCCAUCCCAAGCCUACUAUACUGUUAGAGCUUGCAGAGCAGGUCGGCGUCAGCAUAUUCGGGACGUCACCGAGAUAUUUAUCCGAGAUACGGGCUCGCGGGAUUCGCCCACGAGCUGUUCUCCCACCUGAGCUCUACAACUGGUUCUACAAAGUAGCAUUUCCAGAAAGAGUCCACUUAAUCUCGAUGAGCGGAGGAACGGAUAUUGCAGGAUCAUUCGUUGGUGGUACCCCGCUUUUGCCUGUGUACUGUGGCGAGAUGCAAGUCAAGGCUUUAGGCAUGGCAGUCAAUAUUUUUGAUAGCGAGAGGAGCGAACACGUAUCCAUUGAAGGCCAGGAGCGGCCUGGGGAGCUGGUGUGUACCAAGCCUUUCCCUAGCCAACCUCUCCGGUUUGUUGGCAGAGACGGGUCUAGAAAGUACCAUGACGCAUACUUUGGGCGGUACGGGGUGGGUGUAUGGUGUCAAGGGGAUUACGUCCAGCGCUUCUCUGAUACAGGUGGCUUCGUAUUUCUAGGGAGAUCGUUUCCCUAUAGCGACGGCGUCCUUAAUCCUUCCGGCGUCAGAUUUGGCUCAUCUGAGAUCUACGCAGUCGUCGAGUCAAUCUCCGAGAUUGCAGACAGCAUUUGCGUCGGGCAGCGAAGAAGCAUAGACUCGGAUGAGAGGGUGUUGCUUUUUGUGAAGCUCAAAGCUGGACUCGAGUUGACCGAGGAUUUGGUGACUGAGAUCAAGAUUCGGAUCAAAGACAAGUACUCGGCAAGGCACGUGCCCAAGUACAUAUUCCAAGUGGCGGAUAUUCCCUACACCCUGACGGGCAAAAAGUGCGAGAUAAACGUCAAGAAUAUCGUUUGUGGCCGUAGGAUUUCAGUUGGUGGCACUGUGGCCAAUCCCGAGUCCCUCAAGCUCUACGAGAACUACCGAGACUUACCUACGGACGAUUUGAAGGCGGCCAGGACGACCACGAAGCUUUGA